AUGAAGUUUGGAAAAGAAUACACGGCACAAAUGGUGCCGGAGUGGCAAGAGGCAUACAUGGAUUACAAUUUUCUGAAAUCCCAGCUGAAAGAAAUCCAGCGUUUCAGACAGAGAACGAAGGCUCCUGCAGCCACACCAAGAGGACUGAGGCGAAAGAUGACACUGUACAGAGCCUUCAGCGGGCUGACACAGAGACGGUACAAGCCUCUGAGUCCCUCCGGCGACAUCGAGAGCCAGAACCAGAGCGAGCCCAUCAUGGUGCAGGCGGUGAAGCGAGGUGGGUCGGAGAGAUACGAAACGACGUUUCUGAUGAGCUCAGACGAAGGGGGGGAGUACGAGUUGGUGUACUUCAAGAGAGUGGACGAUGAGUUGAACAAGGUGGAGAGGUUUUACAGGGGGAAAGUGGAGGAGGUGAUGAAGGAAGCGGCAAUGCUGAACAAGCAAAUGGACGCUUUGAUCGCUUUCAGGAUCAAAGUUGAGAACCCCACCGCCUCCUUUGAUCGCUCCGUCGAGAUGACUCGCCUUGCCUCCGACGUUGCUUCUUCAUCCGCCGUGCUCUCUGCUUCCACACCCCGAGGCGCCAAACUCAACAGAAAGGUUUCGAUGAUGAUGGAAGUUAUUGAAGAGGGUAGCACUCAUCGUGAACAAUCAGAUGAUUCUAAUGAUGAUCAAGAACAAGAAAAAGCAACUGUUAAACCAAAAGUGGUGGAAAAGAAGCCAAAGGAUAUCAGGGGUAUUAGACCAGCUCCUUUGGAAGUACUUGAUCAUGUGCAAUUGAACCACACCUUUGAAACUCCACGUUCAACUAUAAAAGGUGUUCUAAAUUUCCCUGGCCACACAGAACUACAUUUCAGCAGAAAAAAUCUGAACAAAGUUGAGGAACUACUUCAACGCUCAUUCAUUGAAUUCUACCGCAAGCUUCGCCUUCUAAAAAGCUACAGCUUUCUAAAUACCUUGGCAUUUUCAAAGAUAAUGAAGAAAUAUGAUAAGAUCACAACAAGAGAUGCAGCUAAAGCUUAUAUGAAAAUGGUAGACAAUUCCCAACUUGGAAACUCUGACGAGGUCACAAAGCUCAUGGAUAGGGUUGAGAAAACGUUCACUAAGCACUUCUACAAUUCAAAUCGUAAUAAAGCCAUGAGUAUCUUAAGGCCAACAGCAAAGAGGGAAAGACACAGAGUUACAUUUUCCAUGGGUUUUUUAGCAGGAUGCACAGCAGCUCUGGUGUUAGCCCUUAUUCUAAUCGUUCGUACGCGAAAAAUAUUGGACCACUCAGGGAGUACUAAGUACAUGGAAACCUUGUUCCCACUGCAUAGUCUGUAUGGAUACGUAGUUCUACACUUGCUGAUGUAUGCUGCCGAUAUAUACUUCUGGAGGCGGUACAGAGUGAACCACUCAUUCAUAUUUGGUUUUAAGCAAGGCACUGACUUAGGCUACAAUCAAGUCCUUCUCCUCGGUUUUGGUCUAGCAGUGUUAGCACUGGGUGGUGUGCUCGCAAACCUAGACAUGCAGAUAGAUCCACAGACAAAAGAUUACCAAACAUUGACUGAACUUAUUCCACUCAUCUUGCUCCUUGCUGCGAUUGCUAUUUUAUUGUGCCCCAUAAACAUCUUUUAUCGCUCAAGCAGGGUUUUCUUCCUCGUGUGCCUAUUUCACUGUAUAUGUGCACCUCUUUACAAGGUCACACUACCGGACUUUUUCUUGGCAGAUCAAUUUACUAGCCAGGUGCAAGCCUUGAGAAGUUUUGAGUUCUACAUUUGCUAUUACGGCUGGGGUAAUUUCAAACAGAGAGAAAACACUUGCAACUCUAGCAGCGUAUUCAUAACUUUCUCAUUCAUCGUUGCUGUUAUUCCCUACUGGUCCCGUUUCCUCCAGUGUAUUAGGCGGCUGUUCGAAGAGAAAGAUCCAAUGCAAGGAUAUAAUGGAUUGAAAUACUUCCUUACAAUUAUUGCUGUUUGCCUAAGGACAGCGUAUAGUCAUAACAAUUCAAUGGUGUGGAAAGUGUUGGCUUGGGUUUUCUCAAUAUUUGCAGCAGUUGCUUCUACAUAUUGGGACCUUGUAAUAGACUGGGGCCUUUUGCAGAGGCGUUCCAAGAAUCGCUGGUUGAGAGACAAACUCGCUGUCCCUCAAAAAAGUGUAUAUUUUAUAGCCAUGGUCCUUAAUGUCUUGUUGAGAUUUGCCUGGUUGCAGACAGUCUUGAGAUUCAACUUUAGCUUCUUGCAUAAACAUGCCAUGACUACCAUUGUUGCAUGUCUAGAGAUCAUUCGUCGUGGCAUAUGGAACUUCUUUAGAUUGGAGAAUGAGCACUUGAACAAUGUUGGCAAGUACCGUGCAUUUAAGUCUGUGCCUCUACCCUUCAAUUACGACGAAGAUGAAGAUAAAGAUGAGUGA